AAGUAAGAAACCUGUGCUUCCUCGAGACCGGCGCGCGCCGCAGCAGGAAGAGAAGGAGAGCGCGAGGCGAGCAACUGAACUAUGAUGAUGAUGAUGGGGAAGUAACUGUCAGUCGCCUGAGGAGACAUUUUCACAACUUUUUUGGCUCAUUCCUAAAGUUUUAGUGCGGUUUCAGUGAAGUGGAGCAAACGGCGCGAACAUGUUCUCUCGAAAGAAGAAGGAGCCGACAAAUAAAGCGUCCUCACCCUCCAAAAAGAGCAACUCUGCGCAAAACCCUUCGUUGUCCAUUCUUCAGGAACACUCUCCCAACGACACUAUCGAUGGCUCCUGCACACUGGCCCCUCCUGAUCCGGGUCCCUUAUCCUGUCCGGGAACACCGUCCUCCCACUGCAAGCUAACAGUGUGCAGUCCACCUGUCGGCGCGCUGAAGCGGCCCUCGGGUCUCAGCCGUCACGCCAGCGCCGUCGGCUUCGCCUUCCACGCCUCGGGGACGUGGGGCUUCCAUAAGGGCUACGUGCGGGCCGCUCUCACCUACGGACAUGCGGCGGAGGCUGCGGAAACAUCGGUCAUCGAGGUGGAGGACAUUCCCUCGCUGCUGCGAGACGUCGCCCGCUUCGCAGAGGCUGUGGAGAAACUAAAGGACAUGGUUCUGGGAGAAGUGAAAGAGGAGCCAUGCAGCAGGCAGGCCGUUCACGAGUGUUUAGGGGAGGUUCUGCGUGUUUUGCGGCAGGUAAUCAGCACGUACCCUCUGCUGAACACUGUGGAAACGCUCACCGCAGCAGGAACUCUUAUCUCAAAGGUCAAAGGGUUCAGUUAUGAAGGCACCACUGACGCUCAGAAGAAAGACUUUGAGAAAGCCAUUGAGACAAUUGCUGUGGCCUUCAGCAGCAAUGUUUCAGAGUUGUUGAUGGGAGAGAUUGACAGCACAACUCUUCUGUCCCUGCCGCCGACAGAAAAGAGUAGGUCGAUGGAGGACCUGUACAGGGUGUCGUCAGGUCAGGGUCCUGAAGGAGGAGGAAAAUACGACCAUCAGGACUGCAUGAGUCCACGGGAAGUUGAUAUUCUCCUGCAGCGCAGUGAAGGCGGCGUGGACUCGGCUCUCAAUUACGCCAAAUCUAUCGCCAAAUACAUGAAGGACAUCAUCAGCUACGUAGACAAGAGAAUCGCUCUCGAGAAUGAGUUUUCUAAAGGUCUUCAAAGACUCUACCAGUCCUGCAAACAAAACAUCAUACAGUUCAUUCAGCCCAUGACACAGCGCAGACAGGAACAUGAGAAGAAGCGCAGAGACAUUAAAGAGCAGUGGCAGAGGGCCAAGAGAAAACUGGCCGAUGCCGAUAGUAACCUCCGUAAGGCACGUCACCUGUACAUGAGCCGCUGUGAGGAGUACGAGAGAGCUCGGACAGUGGCCAAUAAGGUUGAAGAGGAACAAAGCGGAACAGGAAGUGGCUCAACCACUAAAGCUCUGGACAAGAAGAGACGACUAGAAGAAGAAGCACGCAACAAGGCAGAGGAGGCUGAGGCGACGUAUCGCACCUGCAUCGCAGACGCCACGACACAGCAGCAGGAGCUGGAGGACAUGAAGGUGAACGUGCUCAAACAGAUCCAAGAACUCAUCAGACAGACGGACCAGAUCCUGCGCGCGUACCAGUUUGAGCCGUACUCCGCAUCCAGCCACCAGCACGUUCGGGCCCGUAACAACAGUCUCUGUAAUGACCAGCGGCAGAAUAGCUCUGAAGCUCCGCCCACUGCAGAGGAGGCGGGGUUUGGGGAAGGAACUGUGGUUAAACAAAGACGAGGUCAAGGUAGAGACCAUCAUCAAGCUCAUAAGUCCUGGCCGUCCACCCUGAGUGACACUGACAGUGUUGGUCCGGGAAGUGGACUGGGAUCCCCGACCUCCAGCACAGGUGAUAUCUCAAAACCUUCAAGGCCAGUUUCUGCAGCCACAUUGUCAUCCAAUGAAGAUUUAGAGGAGCGAGACGGUGCCAUGACCCCGUUUGAACAAAUGAAUGAAUGUGAGGAGUGUUUUCUGGCGUGUCAUAAGAAGUGUCUGGAGUCUCUGGCCAUCCAGUGCGGUCAUAAGAAGCUCCAGGGCCGCUUGCAGCUCUUCGGCCGUGAUUUCUCUCAGGUCCUACAGGGCGACGUGGAGGGCGUUCCCUUCAUUAUCAAGAAAUGCAUCACUGAGAUCGAGAGGAGAGCACUCAAAAUGAAGGGAAUCUAUCGUGUGAAUGGAGUGAAGACGCGUGUGGAGAAGUUGUGCCAGGCGUUUGAGAACGGUAAAGAGCUGGUGGAGCUCUCUCAGGCGUCUCCACACGACAUCAGCAACGUGUUUAAGCUCUACCUCAGACAGCUCCCAGAGCCCAUCAUGCCCUUCCGUAUGUAUAACGACCUGAUGGGACUGGCGAAGGAAAGCCUGAACUCGGACGCCUCGGAGGCCGGCGAGGGCGUGAAGAGCCCAGAGCUGGUGGAUCGUGGGUCAGAAACCGAGCCUGAGGUGCUGGUCUUAGUGGAGAAACUCCGAGAGCUGCUCAAGCGUUUGCCACCUGCUAACAUCGCCACGCUCAAGUACAUCGUGCAGCACCUGUGCAGAGUGUCUGAGUUGGAGCAAGAUAAUAAAAUGAGCGCCAGUAAUUUAGGCAUCGUGUUCGGCCCGACCCUGAUGAGACCCAAACCCACCGGAGCCACGGUGUCCCUGUCGUCUCUGGUGGAUUACCCUCAUCAGGCGCGCAUCGUAGAGGCUCUGAUCGUCUUCCAGCAGGACAUCUUCAUCUCAGUCAGCUCUCCAGGCCAGAGCCAGCUGUAUGUUUGUUCCUCUGGUUCUUCAGGUCAUUCCGUGGGUUCCUCUGGUUCUCAGGAGCGUUCGCUGGACUCUGACUCUGACGUGGAGGAUCUGGACAGAGGAAGCCGACCGCAGCGCCCUCCUCUGGUGAGUCAGGAGAGUGAGACCAGCACUGAGGAAGACCAGAUGAGUCCCAGAGUGAGUCUGGACCUGAGCGGACUGGUUCCAGAGACCAUCCCGGAGCAGACCGUCGGUGCAGACCCGCAGGAAACCAGCGCAGAGCAGGUCUCAGAUCAGUAAGACGAGAUGUAUUACGAAUUUAAACAGGUCAAUAUACAUUUCAACUAUUAGAGAUGUACAACAGGAGAACAAGUGUUAUGUUUAUAUACAUAAAUUCCUAAAAGUCAGAUGAAUAACAUUAAGAAUAAGAAGGCGAGCUCAUAUGACCUCUCAGUGACCUCUCAUGCCGUUUUUUCUAGAACUGAGAUCAGUGUCGUUUCACAUAUUAGCUGAUAUGAACUGGAUGUUGUUUAUAUAAUAUUGGUCUCUUUCAGAUUUCAGAUUCAGAUGAUGGUGGUUAUAUUCCCUCAAUUAUAAUACGUUUGCGCACUAGUCUGUAUAAACCACCACAUUCAUAACCUGCAACUGGAAAAAAAUAAUUACUGUCUUUCAAAAACAAACAUAAACGUCAUUACUAUUAUUAUUUAAUAGGAUCUCAAGGCGAGUCAGUGUGUUGUAGAUAUUAAAAGUGCUUUGCUUAAAGUCUCAUAUUUCUCUAUACAUUUUUGUUCAGAAGUACGUGUCUCUUUUAGGAGCUUGUAACGUUGUAUUUUACAAUAUUUAUUAUAGUUUCAUCUAUGCACUGGAGUUUAUUGGCAAAUAAGCAGAAAAUGGUGUAGCGGUUAAACUGGUCUAACAACAGCCAGACUGCUGGUCAGAGCUGGUUUUAAUGCUUAUGCAAUGCAUUAUAAAAUGUUUAUGCAUAUUUCUCUUCUAAACAUUUGCUUCAUUUGUAAUAGUGUGUAUAUUGCAUUACUGGUGUUGUUCCAGCAGCACUGUACUGUCUUACUAAACUAAAUAUGGUUUAAACCAUGCUGGGACUGUAGCUUCAUCUCAACCAUGUUAACUAAAGCCUUUAACCAUUUGACUUGACUGAUAAAUGCAUAACACCACAGAAAUUAAAGACAUUUGUGAGUGAAUUGUAUAUUCUGAAACUGUAUAUAUUUUUAGAAAACAU